AUGAAGCUGGGCAGGGUGUGGUAUCCGGCCUCCCCUGCUGGUCCUAGGAAAGUUACUGGAAGGUUAAUCCUAGCAGUGAGCACUGCAGUGCUUGGGUCAGUCCAGUUCGGUUACAACACUGGUGUCAUCAAUGCUCCCCAGAAGGUUAUUGAAGGGUUUAUUAAUUAUACCUGGAUACAACGUUACAAUGAACCUGUUGAAGCAUCAAUGCUCACCACAAUUUGGUCUCUGGCUGUUGCUAUUUUCUCAGUGGGUGGUAUGAUUGGAUCAUUUUCAGUAGGACUGUUCGUCAACCGAUUUGGAAGGCGGAAUUCCAUGUUGAUGAUCAAUGGCCUAGCAUUCAUUGCUGCCGCUCUCAUGGGAUUCUCUAAACUGGCCAGCUCGUUUGAAAUGCUUAUACUGGGACGGCUCAUUAUUGGCAUUUACUGUGGUUUAACCACAGGUUUUGUUCCCAUGUAUGUCGGGGAGAUCUCUCCCACGGCUUUGAGAGGAGCUCUCGGUACUCUACAUCAGCUGGGAAUUGUCAUUGGAAUUCUCAUUGCACAGAUUUUUGGGUUGGACUCUAUCAUGGGAAAUGAAUCCCUCUGGCCAUUGCUACUUGGGUUCCUGUUCCUGCCGGCACUCUUACAGUGUAUUGCUUUACCAUUCUGUCCAAAAAGCCCACGUUUCCUGCUCAUCAACAAGAAUGAAGAAAGCAAGGCAAAGAAUGUUCUGAAGAAGCUCCGUGGGACAACAGAUGUGAGCAGUGACCUGCAGGAGAUGAAGGAAGAGAGCAGGCAGAUGAUGCGAGAGAAGAAAGUCACAAUUCCUGAACUGUUCCGCUCCCCGAUGUAUCGCCAGCCCAUUGUCAUUGCAAUCGUGUUGCAAUUGUCCCAGCAGUUGUCCGGUAUCAAUGCUAUUUUCUAUUAUUCGACAAGUAUUUUUGAAAAAGCUGGUGUUGAGCAGCCUGUUUAUGCCACCAUUGGGUCUGGUGUGGUGAACACCGCUUUCACUGUUGUAUCACUGUUUGUGGUGGAGCGCGCUGGACGACGCACACUGCACCUGAUUGGCCUGGCAGGCAUGGCCAUCUGUGCGAUCCUGAUGACCAUUGCACUUGUCCUUCUGGACCAGCUGACUUGGAUGAGCUACAUCAGCAUUAUUGCCACUUUUGGUUUUGUGGCCUUCUUUGAGAUUGGACCUGGCCCAAUCCCAUGGUUUAUUGUCGCUGAGUUGUUCAGUCAAGGACCAAGACCAGCUGCUAUUGCUGUCUCUGGUUUGUGUAACUGGACAGCAAAUUUCAUUGUUGGCAUGUGUUUCCAGUAUGUCGAGUUACUCUGCGGACCUUACGUUUUCAUCAUCUUCACCGUGCUGUUGGUUCUGUUUUUCGUAUUCACCUAUUUCAAAGUCCCCGAGACCAAGGGAAGGACAUUUGAUGAGAUUGCCUCUGGUUUCCGCCAGGGUGUGGGCGCUAACUCACCAGAGAAGCAUGGCCCAGAGGAACUCAACAGCCUGGGAGCAGACUCACAGGUUUAAGUGGGAGCAGUGUUGGAGCAGCCAAAUAGGAGCCAACGGGACUAGCUUAUGCCCACACUACUGACAAAAUAUGUAACAGGGUGGAGUGUCUGGCCUGUCAGCAGAUUCCUGUGAUUGUGUAGGAACCAAGCUCUGAUUGUUUACCAGUACACAUCUCCAUUUGUAUAAAAUGUUAUGGUCAGUAAGCAGAACUAACUUUUUGAAUAUCUUAUGUGUUGACUGACAUAAUUAUUAAUUAGUGUUUCAAAGCUUUCCAUGUAUAGCAUUAAAUAUUUAUAUGUUGAAUAUGUUCAUAGUGUUUAUAGGAAAUAAAUUAUAGAGGUAAAGUUAAUGUAAAUAUAAUGAGCUAUAUGUCACAUGUAAUGUAUAAAUGUAGAAUGUGGCCUAGUUUCUUUAGUAAUGGCUAGUUGUAAAUGAUUAGAAUUACUUUUUGUACACUUUGCAUUGUAGAGAGCUGCUCCCGGUUCACCAGGUCAGCCCUUAAUAUUUUUUAAUAAAAAAGUUUUUUUUUGUCAUUAUUGGGGAGCAUUUUAAAUUACCUAGAAAUCCCCAUGAUAGUUUAGUGGGUGAAUGUUUCCCUCAUUUGAAUGCAGUUUCUCUGUGUGUUAUUGCAGGACAGCUGAUAACCCAGCAAGUGAAGAUAUUCUCACACUAAAAUGGCUAGCAGCAGUGUCCACGCUUGUACUUACCAGCCACCUAUUUCCUACACAACUCAAAAUACUUUAGUACUGUAAUUUAUAAGUAACUUUUAGAAACACUGACAGUAAAUAAUGUGUGUGCUGGAAAGAGUUUGGUGUGAGCCAUUAUCACUUAUUAAAGGACGAGCCAAACAUCGCUUUUGCAGCGGGUGCAACAUAUCCACUGAAUUCAGCCUACACACACCUCUGUGAUGUUGAUGGAGAGGUUGGUGAGGGCAAUUGCUUGUGUUGCUACCUAAUCCAGCAAAUAUUUCCACCCCUCCACCCACCUCCGAACACUUUGAUAGGUCAAUUGUUUAAAGUGUGGAGGCUUUCAAAAUGAAUUUGAGUUUGUUUUCCUCUCAAAGUACUUGUCCAGGGCCCCAUUUUCAUACGAAUGUAUUAAUUUCUUCUUGAAAGUCAGAAUGUUUGAUUAUAAAAUGUAAUGUGAAGCACUCACCUGUUGGGUACCACAGCUGACCUCUUCAGACCUGUGUCACCUGUUCAAAUAUUGGUCGCAUGAGCUCCCAAUACAUGGCCUUUCAUUGUUCAUUUUUACUGAUUUUUGUGUAAUCAAUUUUAAGACUUUAAAAUAAUUUCUUUUGGAA